CUCCUUAAGGGAUGUUAGCUGAUUUGGGGACAUCUGGUUAAGGGGGGAAAAAUUGAUCUAGAUACAAAUGGACAAAACAAAAUUGUUUUUGGAAGAGAAACUGGGUUGCCCGACCCUACCCUUUUUGUGUGGUGCAUCGAAGCUUCAUUGCUUAAAGAGAAAAAAAGGUGUUUAAUAAUUACCUUUGUUGACCUCUGUACCUUCUGGCUUCCUUCACUCCUGGGCACAAGAUAUGGCCAUUGCUAGGGCACGACCGUGCAGACGCUGGCACUCAACUGCAUGGACAACUCCCUGGGCUCAACAAGGUCAAGAACAAGCCUCCUAGAACUGGCAGGAGGUAAACAUGGAGGAGACAAACCUGAGAAAAAGGAGAGAAGAUGAGACGUCAACCCAGAGUAAUGAACCCAAGACCACAAGUCUCCAGAAGGAGGUGGGCCUGCUCAGCGGCAUCUGCAUCAUCGUGGGCACUAUCAUCGGCUCUGGGAUCUUCAUUUCCCCCAAGUCUGUGCUCAGCAACACGGAAGCCGUGGGGCCCUGUCUCAUCAUAUGGGCGGCCUGUGGGAUACUUGCGACACUGGGUGCUCUGUGCUUUGCAGAACUUGGUACGAUGAUCACCAAGUCCGGGGGUGAAUACCCUUACCUGAUGGAGGCCUUCGGCCCCAUCCCUGCCUAUCUGUUUUCCUGGACCAGCUUGUUCGUCAUAAAGCCCUCAUCCUUCGCCAUCAUCUGCCUCAGCUUUUCUGAGUACGCUUCUGCGCCCUUCUACUCAGGCUGCAAGCCUCCUGAGAUUGUCGUUAAAUGCCUGGCUGCUGCUGCCAUCUUGCUCAUCACCAUGGUGAACGCACUGAGCGUCCGCCUGAGCAGCUACGUCCAGAACGUGUUCACAGCGGCCAAGCUGGUGAUCGUGGCCAUCAUCAUCAUCAGCGGACUGGUCCUCCUGGCUCAAGGAAAUACAAAGAAUUUUGAAAAUUCUUUUGAGGGCACAAAACUGUCCGUGGGAGCCAUUGGUCUGGCAUUUUAUAAUGGACUCUGGGCAUACGACGGAUGGAAUCAACUCAAUUAUAUCACAGAAGAACUUAAGAACCCUUUCAGGAACUUGCCCCUGGCCAUCAUCAUUGGGAUCCCUCUGGUGACAGGGUGCUACAUCCUCAUAAACGUUUCCUACUUCACUGUGAUGACAGCGACGGAGCUCCUGCAGUCGCAGGCGGUGGCUGUGACGUUUGGUGACCGUGUUCUCUAUCCAGCCUCCUGGAUCGUUCCACUCUUUGUGGCAUUUUCCACCAUCGGUGCUGCUAACGGGACCUGCUUUACAGCGGGCAGACUGGUUUAUGUUGCAGGCCGGGAAGGCCACAUGCUGAAAGUGCUCUCUUACAUUAGCGUCAAGCGCCUGACUCCAGCUCCUGCCAUCAUCUUUUAUGGUAUCAUAGCAAUUAUUUAUAUCAUUCCCGGUGAUAUCAACUCGUUAGUCAACUACUUCAGUUUUGCUGCAUGGCUCUUUUAUGGCUUGACGGUUCUAGGACUAAUUGUGAUGAGGUUCACGAGGAAAGAACUGGAAAGGCCUAUCAAGGUGCCCAUUUUCAUCCCCAUCUUGGUGAUUCUUGUGUCCCUGUUUUUGGUUUUGGCCCCAAUCAUCAGUGAACCUGCGUUGGAGUAUCUCUACUGUGUGUUAUUUAUGCUGAGCGGCAUUAUAUUUUACUUCCUUUUUGUCCACUAUAAGUUUGGAUGGGCUCAGAAAAUCUCAAAGCCUAUCACCAUGCACCUUCAGAUGCUCAUGGAAGUUGUCCCAUCAGAGGAAGCUCCAUAGUAACAAGCUCGUUCACCGGUGGCCCAGUCCAAGCUGUGAUGACUUUAUUUUUGUAAGCAGUAUUUGUAGUUAUUUCUUCCUGAUGUUUUUCUUAAGGAAAAAAAUGUAUUCAGAUGUUUACGAUAUUAGUACUUUUAGAUAUCCUCAAUUCUCUAGGGGGUUGGGAGGAGCUUCUAGAUAGGUGCAGUGAUGGUGUUUGCUAAGUUAACAGGCGCAGAUGUGACCUAACAGGAGGCUGACGGCCGGGGAAGGGCUGAAUGAAAACCACUACCAUUAUGACGGCGACUCUUUAACAAGGGGCACAUCACACCUACUUAAAUAAAGGGUAUUCGUUAAACUCAGUGAUCCAAAAGGCAUACGUAGUUUUUUUUAUAUAAAAUUGCUUUUGUAUAAACUUUUGCUUUGAUUGAAAUAGACUUUUAAGAUAUGAAAGUACAGAUGUUUUACCACUUCCCCGUCCCUCCUCCCCAAAGUCUUGGCAUCCCCAUAUUUAGCCUGGGAUGUGCAGGGAGGUCCAUCCCGGCUGAGUGGGGAGGCCCCCGCUGCAAAGCAGACCGUCGGGCUCGUCCGGAACCACAAGGGACACAGCAAUCAGUGGUCGG